CACACACACACACACACACACACGUUGGGACACUAUGAACACUAGAAAUGCAGAGCUUCCUAGUUUGUAGAUAAGGGAAAGUAGGCAGAGCAAUAGUCAGAGAGAGAGAGAGAGAGAGUGAAAGAGAGAGAGAGGAAAAAACAUUUGAAAAGAGAUGCCACAGGGGGACAUCUAUUUCACGUAGUGAAACCACCCUCAAGCCCAAACUUUUCAGACAUCAAAAGGUGAGAAGAAGAAUAAAUGCUCAGAGUUCAGGAAUAGAGGCACUUUAAUGCAGUGAUCAGUGUGCAGCUACGUUUAAAAACCAAAACUGCACAGGACGGCUCUUCUUUCCUACAUUCUGCAGUGCAGCGACAAUUGACCUUCUAUCCAGAAGCAAGAGUUGAGCACUUCAAAUUCAAGGGUAUUUGUCUCUGGAUCGGUAGAUCCAAAUUUCACUCGUGUGAAACUCUGCACCUUUUGCUGAUACACACAACAUUUGCCUCACAUGGCUGGAACCAGGAUUUACUUCUGGAUUAUGUGUUCAUCCACCAAGUCUGUUUCAUUGGUCUUUUCCCUGCUUUUCUGGGGGCCUUUCAGUGCACAAAGUAACCCUAUUGGCUCUCCAGAAAGGCUUCGGAUCGCUCCAGGGUUGGAUGACGGACAUGGAGGGGUUCUGGAUCCUUCACUCCUGGAGCAGGACAGUGAGGUGGACAUGCAGAGCUUGCUGGAAACCCUGAAGGGACAGUUUCUACAUACCUUUAACCUGACACGUCCUGGUUCCCAUGUGCUGCCAGGGGCCACUCGCGUAGAGCCUCCAGAGUACAUGCUGGAGCUCUACAACCGCUUUGCCAAUGACCGGACAGCAAUGCCUUCUGCAAACAUAGUACGCAGCUUUAAAAAUGAAGACUCCUCCCCUUCCAGCAUGGGACCUGAUGGAGUGAGACUACACCCACUUCUCUUCAACGUGUCAAUUCCACAUCACGAGAGAGUCACUACAGCUGAGCUCCGACUGUACACUCUGGUCCAAACGGACCGCAACAAAUACGCUGGUGUUGACAGAAAAGUGACCAUAUAUGAGGUCAAACAGCAUGAAACAAACAGCAGUCAGCAAAUAAGAGGCGACAAUUUUGAGGAAGGAAAUCAAACCAGGCAAGAGGAAGAAACCGAACUAGUGGAGUUGGCGUCUCGGCAGGUUUAUGGUACAGAUGACGGGUGGGAAUCCUUUGACAUGACCGCUGCGGUGCACCUUUGGAGGAAAUCAGACUAUGGCACCACCCACAGGCUGGAGGUUCACAUAGCCAGUUUGAACUCUCAGAGUGUGGUGGCAUCUGAAGGUGGGAAUGAAAGCAAUGCCAUAGGAGGGGACAUGGACAUUGACACAAGCCCUGAGGACAAACACAAACCCUUAAUGAUCGUGUUCUCUGAUGACCAGAGCGGAGACCACCGCGGAGACAAACGCGAGCUUAAUGAGCUGAUCCAGCAUGAGACGGCUGGGCCAGGCAUUCAGGACAACUUUGAGCUGGAGUUGACAGGCCUUUGGGAUGACCUAGGAAUUAUGGGACAAAAAAAUGGGAAAGAGGAAGAGGAGCAGAGCGAGGAAGCUCUACUACAGAUGCGCUCCAACCUCAUCUAUGACACAGCAUCUAGAAUUCGGCGCAAUGCCAAAGGCAACCAGUGUAAAAAGAGCUCCCUCUAUGUAGACUUCAAAGACAUCGGCUGGGACAGCUGGAUUCUGGCACCCACCGGGUAUGAAGCCUUCGAGUGUACGGGGAUAUGCACGUACCCUUUGACCAAACAUGUGACACCUACAAAACAUGCCAUUGUACAGACUUUGGCCAAUCUGAAAAGUCCACAAAAAGUGUCCAGGGCUUGUUGCGUACCCACCGAACUAGAACCAAUCUCCUUACUCUACCUAGAUGAUGCAGGUGUGGUGACAUAUCAGUAUAAAUUCGAAGGUAUGGUGGUGGCAAAGUGUGGAUGCAGAUAGUAUUUAAUACACGGGGAAGUGGGGUGAAGCUGGGCCAAAAGCUUAGAGGUUGGAUUGAAAGGAGACUAAAAGACAUUCACUGUCUACAACCUUAAUGUCAAUUUUCUUCCAAACAGCAGUGGUUGGGCUCUUACUACCAACCCUAACAACGUUAGCAGGAGUCAUCAGUUGUGGAAUCAGAGAGUUCUGAAGCCAUGUGACAAGGGGCCACAAUGCAAGACUUAGUGGGCCAUUUCAUCCCCACUGAAUAAGGAUUGGGUGGAACAUAAGACAAUAAUUGAACCACUGACACGCCUCAAGAUCAGCCGCGAUAAAUUAGAUGCUCUUAUCAGUAAAGACUGAAGUUUAAGUCAGAGAUUAUAUCAACUCCAACUCGUUACAUACUUGCCCAUAUCAUUUGCGUCAGCAGAGUCCUCGCUAAGUGGGUGUUUUGUAGAGAUGGCAGUGAACUCAAGCACCACAGGGUCAGUCCAGUGACCCUACCAGAGACAAGAAGCCUGUGAAACGGUCUGUUUCCAGUUUCCACAAAGCACAGUAUCGUAUCUGACACGACAACGCCGAGUCAAUACACAGUUUCCUGCCUAACAGAAUGCAUUUGAUAUGAACUGCCCAAGUUAAAGUGAAAUUGUUAUCAGUAGAGUCGUAGAGAAGGGGAAGGCGUAAAACAGACCAGAGCGGACCAAUCUGGACUUUCGAAUGUGUCUGAGAACAACUCCUAAUCUGGAUAUUCACAGUUAGCAGUCAGUAUUGUAAAAACACAAUCAGGACAAUGGCUCUCAUUCACUAGUCUAUGUACACGCAAAUUAAUGAGUGAAAUCUGCAUACAAUCUGCAGAAACACACAAAUCAUGAUUUUCCAAUAACUUUUGAACUAAAAUACAUUUUACAACUGAAACCACAUAUAUUCAAAAAUUACAUUCCGGGUGGAAGAUUCAAUUUUAUACAUUGAUAUUUCAUGUUAUAUUUCAUCAUAUACAGUGAAAGAGUAAGACAAGGUAGCCAUUUACAUUUGUUCAUAUAGCGCUUUUCACAAUAGACUUUACAGAAAAUACUUGAUUUUAAAGGAGAA